AAGGAAAACAACGAUCAGCGCUGCAGUGUUUCGUGUCAGACAUCAGUAAACGCUUUGAGAAUUGUAGACAUGUCGUAAUAUCAAGGUCCAAAGAGCGAUUACAAGUAGACAGAGUAAUGGGGUUUUGUAAGAUUCAUUGUCGUUCACGAUCACGUAAGAAAAUCUAGAUUUAAUUUUUAAACAUCUAUCCGCUAUUCAGCUGUCAGUGCUUUGGCUGCAGUAUCAAAAAAUAAGUGACAGACUUUCAGUGACAGGUCCAUGGUCAGGUCAGCUAGCAGACAAAUCAGGAGAGAUUCUGUAGUAUAUGUGGACAGAUAAUAGUGUAGCACUUCUGUGGUCUGGGCGGUGGCAGCAUUUCGCAAUCCAGAUUUCAUUACGGUGUUGUCAGGAUGCCUGGGAUGGUGGUGUUUGGACGCCGGUGGCGGAUCGCCAGCGAUGAUCUUGUGUUUCCUGGUGCCUUCGAGUUAUUUAUCAGAGCUCUGUGGUGGAUUGGGACCUUAGUUCUGUAUACCAACCAUAAGGAUCGAUUUGCCUGUCAAGGUGGAACAGUUCUGCAUAAUUACCUUGUUGUGCUUCUUGUUCUGCUGGCAGUGAUUAUCUUGACACUAUGUGCAAUUGUUUACAUCAGUGCUCAAGGAACCAUAAUUAAUCCAGGUCCUCGCCGCUCUCUGCCAGCCCUGGUGUAUCUUCGUGCCCUCCUGUACCUCCCUGAGUUUGUAUGGGCCUGUCUCGGGGUUGUAUGGGUCUCUGACAACAGUAUAGGAUGUAAGCCAGCAGAGGUUGGAGCUGUGAUUGGGGCUGUGGUUUCCAGCUGGGUCAUCCUUCUCUCUAUGGCCGUGGGUGUGCUCAUAGUGUUUGACCCUCUGGGCAGCCAGAGGCAGACUACUCUGACUGGUGAUCACUCUGGUCUGAGGGACCUGGAAAGCAGCGAAUCCUCUCAGUUCUUUUACACUGCACGCACACUGGCCACGCGGGUGUGGGAGAGUCGGCUACGUCUACUCUGCUGCUGCCUGCCACAGGACGACAACCACCGCGCAGCCUUCUCUAGCAUCGCCCAGCUCGUCAGCGGCUUCUUCAUGGAUACAGACCUGGUGCCCAGUGACAUCGCUGCUGGUCUGGCCCUUCUACAUCAGGAACAGGAUAAAAUGGAGUACUGUAGAGACCCUGAUGAGAUUCUGCCUCAUAGCCCUUCCUCCCCCAUAAGAGAAGAUCUGGAGGUUGAGCUUGAGAAAGCCGCUCACUGUAUGCAGUUCGCUGCAGCUGCAUACGGCUGGCCAAUGUACAUCUACUCAAACCCGCUCACUGGACUUUGCAAACUCAGUGGAGAUUGCUGUCGAAACCGUCAUGCAGAGUACGACUUAGUGGGAGGAGACAACCUCGGCUGCCAUUUCACCUCCAUCUUACAGAGCACAGGGCUACAGUACAGAGACUUCAUCCACAUCAGCUUUCACAAUCAGAUCUAUGAGAUCCCAUUUUUCGUGGCAUUGGAUCACAAAAGGGAGGCGGUCCUGGUUGCUGUGAGGGGAACUCUGUCACUCAAGGAUGUGUUGACAGACCUCUCCGCUGAAUGUGAGAAUCUGUCUGUUGAAGGCAUGUCAGGAACCUGCUAUGCUCACAAGGGCAUUUCUCAAGCCGCAAACUACAUAUACAAGAAACUAGUCAACGAUGGUAUUUUGAGCCAGGCAUUCAACAUUGCACCAGAGUAUAAGCUGGUGAUCACAGGACACAGUCUCGGUGCAGGAACAGCAUCAUUGCUAGCUGUGCUUCUACGCAGCACACACCCCACUCUGGAGUGCUUUGCUUUCUCUCCACCAGGGGGCCUCAUGAGUAAAGCACUGGCUGAUUACUCAAAGCAGUUUGUCAUCUCAGUGGUGCUUGGAAAAGACCUUGUGCCCAGAUUGAGUAUUCCAAACAUGGAAGACUUAAAAAGAAGAAUUUUAAAAAUGGUAUCUAAUUGCAGUAAACCCAAGUACAAGAUAUUAAUGCAUGGCUGCUGGUACGAGGUGUUUGGAGGAACCCCUGACGAUUUCCCAACGGAGAUGGAGAACCGGCGGGAGGAGGAGCUAAAUCAGCCGUUGCUAGGCGAGGAGAGCCUGUUGGUUCAGCGUUCAUCCACUUAUCAGAGCUUGUCAUCUGAUGACUCGCCCACACACCCCACCCACUUACCCCUAUACCUGCCCGGUCGUAUCAUGCACAUCACAGAGGAGGGACCCACACGCAGACACUGUUUCUCCCAGGUGAGGUACCGUGCUGAGUGGUCUAGUGAGACGGCGUUCCGUAAUGUUCUGAUCAGCCCGAGGAUGAUUGCUGAUCACAUGCCUGAUGUGGUUCUCCGGGCCCUGCGCAGUCUCACCCAUGACCGUCCAUUUGCUCUCUGCCCCUCUUCCAUGAGCAGCAGCCACCUGAACGUCAUUUGAGCAGUGGAUGCCUUGAGCCUUAUCUUUACAUGCACAAGCAGACUGCAAGGAGCGCGACUGUACUGGACUCCCCUCAGUCAUUUAACUUAGAGCGGUUCAGCUCUUACCUAUUUAUUUCUGUAUUGUAAUGUGAAUAUUUUUUAUUUUUGUUUUGUAAUUUGUUCAAGAUGGACAAAGAGGAAAGUAAUCAGUAUUAGCUUUGCAAUGGUGGUGUGCUGUUUUGUGAUGUAUGUCAGCGACAUGUAAUAAGAAUAUCAGAGUGAACAGUGCCUAGCCAAAAGUGAUUAAAGAUGAUACAGACUGAUUAUAGAUCAGUAAAAGACAUCCUUAGUAUAAGAUUUGGAUGCAUGGCUUCAAACGCAUGAAAACAUUUCAAGAGCUUCAAGUGUGUCUGUUCAUUUACUCCAUUACACCCUUUUCAGUUUGUUUCAGGUAACAUAUGCAUUUAAAAAAAAUAAAUAUGCUGACGAGAAA